AACAGCUCCAACCGGCGAGAAGGCUUUUCAGUCAAUCUCUGAUCAUUCCUCUCCAAACAUCAAAGAAAAAGUGCCAACAAUCGCGCGAUUUUGCUAAGUCAAGAAUCGCACCGAUUUUUCACUCGUUCCGUUACUCAACUCGGACGCCAUCGCCGACCAGGCUAUCCAUCUCCCGUCUAUGCAUUGAGAGCUUGACACCGAGGGACCACCAUGGCGGCGGUCGAGGUAGACCUGAGCUACCUGUCGGCACACGCCGGCGUGCCACAGGUUGAUCUCGACGCGGUCGUCACCGCGCCAACAGUCGAUCUGGUCAAAAUCGUACUUGGUGCAAUUGUGACCAAGCUCCGAGAUAUCGAACAGGACAAGUUCCAGCUCGGUGUCGAACUCGAAGCUGCCAUCCGCGGCGCAGAGUCGCGAUGCGUACAGUUCAAGAGCACCAGCGAAAAGGCCCUCAAGGAGGUAGAGGACUUGCGGCAGAAAUUGCGAAAUGAAGAAACUGCCCGCCGAUCUCUUGAGAACGAACUCCAGACCCUCAAGUCGUCUGGAACAACAUCACUUUCCGAAAUCGAGACCCUCCGCGCCCGCAUCGCGUCGCUCGAGACCUCCAAUCGCGAGACAUUAGCAAUCGUCGAUUCCAAGACGACGGCAAACGCCAGCCUCUCCGAAGAGCUGCAGAAACAACACCAAAAGAUUCUGAAGCUCAACCAGGAAAUCACAACGCUGAAUCAGUCUGUGCAGACCGCACAGACCGCAGCAAACUCUGCGAAGUACCGGGAAGAGGCCCUCAGGCAGGAGCUCGAACUUGCCAAGAAGAACAACGACUGGUACGAUGCCGAGCUUAAGACGAAGACGGCCGAGAGCCUCAAGAUCCGUAAAGAAAAGGGUGCCCGAAUCGCCGAAUUACAACGCCAGAAUGAGGACGCCCUAUCCACCAUCGAAUCGCUUACCCGGUCGGAGCAGCAGCUUCGCAAGAGACUGGAGGAGGCUCAGUCAAAGGCAGAAGAGGCUCUGACCAAGGUGCAACAGCUGCAGGAAUCUGCUGCCCGUGCCGAGGAGAGCUUCAGACAAGAGUUGGAGUCGUCGAGGCGCCUGGUGGAGCUGAAAGAUCAACAAUCUCAAACACACCGCAACCGCCUCAAGGAGGUGGAGCUUCGGUUGGAGCAGGUGAAGGACGAUAGCGCCGAAGAGAUCCGACGCGUCCGGCGAGAGCUGGAGCAAGAGAAGGAGGACCACGCCCAGACGGGCCGACAAGCACAGGAGCUCCAGGUAGAAGUGGAUCGCCUCAAAGCUAUCGUUGAUUCCCAGAAUGGCGUGGCUGGCUCGGCGCCACAGACCCCCCGGGCUAACGGGUCGUUCCUGGCUCGCGCAGCCUCUCCUUUUGGCACCCCCGCAUCGAUGCGCGGCAGGGCGUCGCAGCGUGCUACCGAUACCCUUGAGGAGCUCCUCAAGGUCAAGGCACAGCUCACUGGAGAGCAACGGCGGAGUCAGAAGCUCCAAGAGGAUCUCGACGACGCCGUGAAUCUUCUGGAGGCCAAGAUUCCCGAGUUCGAGGAAGCUCAAUACGAGAACGAACGUCUCCGGCAGGAGUCGGCCCAAAUGUCAGAACUGAUGGAGCUGUCUUACCAAGAACGCGACGCUGCAGCCAAGGCCGCCCGUAAAGCUGAGAGCGCUGCUGCCAGCGCCCAGGCCGAGAUCAAGAUUCUCCAGACUCAGGUGCGCGACCUUGGCACACAAGUCCAUGUCCUCCUCUUCAACAUCAGUGCCAGCGAGAAGGGUAUGGAUCAGCUUAGUGAGGAGGAGAUCUUGCACUUCGAGAGGCUCCAGCGCGGCGAGGUCGCAGCAACUGCUCUGGAGGACAUGUCAGACACUCAUCGGUUCAUUACCGAGAGGUUCACCGCCUUCAAGGACAUUUUCGAGUUGCAACAGAAGAACGAGGAGCUGCUCAAACUCACCCGUGAGCUCGCCACCAAGAUGGAGAAUGAGGAGGCCCUGGCUGCUAAACGACAGGCGGCUCAAGACCAUGAGGAAGCCCAGGAACUUCGGGCUACGGUCUCGGAGUUGCAGGACGAAGUCCAGUCGAUCACGGUCCGGAUGAAGAGCUAUAUGACGGAGCGCGACAUGUUCCGCCGGAUGCUCCAGCAAAAGGCCACACCUGCCGAGAUCCAACAAGCCCUCGGCCUUCCUCGGGAAGCCGGGCAUCGCGAGGUGCUCGCUAGCAUCGAGCAACCACCUCAAGCCGACGAAGCUAGCCUCACUGUGGCCCUGAGAGAAUUGCAGGCUCAAUUCGAUUCUUACCGGAACGACCAGGCGACCGACAGGAACGCCAUGAAGGACCAGAUCGAGAAGCUGUCCACCGAGAAGGGUUCACUUCAGAGCGAGGUCUCCCGGCUUUCCAGCCAACUCACCCUUGCGACCGAGCGGUACAAUAUCCUCGAGUCGAAUUUCAAGGCUUUGCAGACCGAGAAGCAAGAGCUACAGAAAAGGGCUCAGUCACUGUCGGAAUCCGCAGCCAAGCAAGACAUGCGGACCCAGCAAGUGGCCGAGGAUCUUGUCGAAGCUCGCGGCUUGGUUGAGAGCCUGCGGAGCGAAAACGCCAACCUCAGGGCUGAAAAGACGUUGUGGAAGACUAUCCAGGAGCGUCUCAGUCAGGACAACGAGAGCCUUGCGCAGGAGAAGACGAGGCUUAACGGGCUGCUUUCCAGUCAGCAGUCGCUCUUGAACGAGCGUGAGCUUUCCGAAUCCGAGACGAAGCGUAGACUGCAGGCGCAGAUUGAUUCUCUCGAAAGCGAACUUACGACCAUGAAGCGGAGGCUCUCUGAGGAAGUGGAAGAGGGCAAGAAGAUCCAGCUGCGAAAGGAGUUUGACGCCCAGCAGUUCCAGAAGCGGAUUGAUGAACUGACCUCUAUGAUCGGUCAGAUCAAGGAGGAGAAUGUUCAAGUCAAGACGACCCGUGACCACCUCCAAGCUCGCAUUGGAGAACUGGAAAUCGAGCUGCGGAACUCGCAGGAGCGCGCCGAGCGCCUCCGUCCGCUUCCAACACCCAGACCAGGGACUGUCAACGAACCACCAACGGCCGACAAUGAGUCUCAAGCUCGUAUCGAGGAGUUGGAGAACGAAGUUCAGGAGCUCAAGAACAACCUGGACUUGCUCACUGUUCAGCUCGACAAUGCUAAGCAACAGGCUGAGCAAUUCAAGCAGCUGAGCAAGGACAUGGAAGAGGAGCUGACCAGCCUGAACGAGACUCACAACCAGUACCGCGAAGAGAUGGAUGCGGCGCUUGAGGCAAAGACCAACUCCAUCAACGAGCUGCAACAACGUGUCGAAGCACUCACGGCCGAGCUCUCGAACUCGAAUAACGAGCUCAACAUGCUGCGGGAUUCGCAAAGCGACGUUGCAAGGAAGUUUGAAGAAAAAGAAAGGAUGCUCAACAAUGAGAUUGAGCGUCUAAAGGAGGAGGGAGAAAGAUACAAGGAGACCGCGCGCUUCCAUCAGCAAGACCUGCGCGCCCAGGCUGAGAUCGCCACCAAGGCUCAGCAGGAUUACGAGCAGGAACUUGUCAAGCAUGCGGAAGCUGCCACACUCCUGCAGAAGAUUCGGGCUGAACACAACGAGCUCAAGACUCAGGCAGCUGCAUGGCGAGCAGAAGCGGAGUCUGCCAGAAUUUCUCUCGCUCAGAGCGAACAUUCCUGGGAGGAGCGGCGGCGGCAGCUCGAGCAGGAAAUGUCGGAGAUUAAGGCUAGGCGGGAGGAUGUUGCUGCGCAGAACAAACUCCUACACCAGCAACUUGACAGCGUCACGGCCCAGAUCAUCUCCUUGCAACAGAACCGGACUCAGUUGGAUGGCGAGGGACCACCGCCUUCGGUUGCCGACGCUGCCACGGAAGGUCUGCGCGAGCUCAACAACUACUUGCGCCGCGAGAAGGAGAUCCUCGAAGUGCAAUACGACAUCAAGCUCCAAGAGGCGAAGAGGCUCCAGCAGCAACUCGAGUACUCACAAUCGCAGCUUGACGAGGCUCGUCUCAAACUUGAGCAGGAGCGCAGGGCGCACGCCGACAGCUCGCGCAGCUCCCUCACCCACAAGGAGCUUAUGGACAAGCUUAACGAACUCAACCUCAUUCGCGAGAGCAACGUCACUCUCCGCAAUGAGAACCAGCGUGCUCAAGCACAGCUCCAGCAGAAGUCUGAGAAGAUCACGGAGCUGGAGGCCAAGGUCCAGCCUCUCGAGGCCCGCAUCGCGGAGCUCGAGGUCGACAAGGGUUUCAGGGAGCAGGAAAUCAGACAGCUCCAGGAGGCUCGUGAAGGCUUGCAGAAGAGGAUCGAGUCGAUCCUUAGCAAGUACGGUCAGGCUGACCCUCAGGAAGCGGAGCAGCUCAAGGCGACUAUCGAGAGUCUUGAGGCCGAGCGGGAUGCUCUCAAGGAGUCCGAGCAGGCGCUGCAGCAGAAGGUCAAGGAGGUGGAGGAAGCCUUGGAGGCCAAGACGGCCGAGUGGCAGAGCACCAGGUCGCGGCUUGCCGAUGAUUUUAAGACGCGUUUCAAGAACAUGAAGGGCCAGCGCGACGAGGCGAAUGCCGAGAAGAACACGCUCCAGACUACCCUCGACCUGGUCAAUGAGCGGGUGGCCGGCCUGGAGAAGGAGCUGGAGACAGCGAAGCAACAGCUGGCGGAUGCCACAGAGAAGAACAAGGCGCUGGAGCAUCAGGCAGCGGCAGCCACCCCGGCUGUUGAGCAACCAUCUGCAGCUCCUUCUGAUUUCGCCCAGGUUGCUGAGCUCAACCAGCAGCUCGAGAACUUGAGACAGGAACUGGAGACAGUCUCGUCCCAGAAGGCUGCGACGGAAGCCCAGGUUGAGCAGCUCAAGGCUGAGCUUGCGACUGCCAUCGCGGAGCGUGACCAGGCGCAAGCGCAAGCUGCGGAAGCGGCACCGGCAAACGCCGGUGAGGUUGUAAUGACAGAUUCUACCGUCGCACCCGCUCAGACAGCCCCUGGUCUCGCGGAUGACGAGCGCAAGGCCUUGGAGGAGAAGCUCGCGGCCGCCGAAGCCAGGGCUGUUGAAUUCGAGCAGAAGGCCAAGGAGCUCGAGGAUCAGGCUGACAGCAUCAUCAAGCAGCGGUCCGACAAAAUGAAAGCAGCUCUGAACAAGAAGCUCUCGGAAUCGAAGGAGGCGAUCCAGAAGGAAGCUCAAGAGGAACGCGAAAAAAUGCAAGCCGAGUUCGAACUCAGGCUUCAACAAGAGCUGGCCAUCAUCAAGGCCGAACAGCAGACGGCGGCUGCCAAGAACGGAGUGCCUUCGACACCUGUGAAGGCGUCCGAGACGCAGCCUCCACAGACUCCGGCGACAGAGCUCAACACCAUGAACGAUGCGCAGAUUCGGGACUUCGUCGCCACAAACCCCACGGUUUCGAGCAUUGUCAAGUCUAACGUUAAGAGGAUGCUUGCCAAUGAGACGAAAAAGGUGAAGGAGGAGACUGAAGCCGCAAUGAAGGCCGAGUGCGAACAGAAGGUAACUGUUGCAAGAGAACAAGCGGCAUCAUUGGCCGAAAAGAAAUCGGCGCUUCGUCUCAACAUGCUCGAUCGGCAGCACAAGACAGCCCUGGCCAAGAUCGCGGUGGUCGAGACGGCGGCUAGGGACACACCGCAGAGGCCGGUGAUCGAGGUUUGGAACAUUGCUAAGGACGCGAAGCCUCCAGCGCCUCCCGCGCAGCCAACUGCUCCGGCCGCUGCUGUCCAACCUGCGACCGCCGGUUCUCCCGCUGCAGCGACUUCGCCGGCGGCGCCUGCAGGCCAGGCCCCUUCAGCUUCAGCUGCACCCGCCGUCAAAGAGGAAUCCAAAGCCGCGGCGCCCGCUCCGCAGAGCGCGUUGCCGCAGCCUACGAAGCCGGGCAUGGGGAUCCCGACGCCGGCUAGCGCAGCAACAGCCACCAGCAACCCCUUCGGUGCCCCGGCUCCUGCAGCCAGCAAUCUCCCGCAACCGGUGGCAGCCGGGCAACAGCCACAGCAACUGCAACCUCAGCAGCAGCCGAGACCCAGCAUCCCUGUGCCCCGAGGCGGUGGUGCGGGGCGCGGCGGACGGGGCGUGUACCAGGCCGGGCCGGGCCGCGGCGGUCAGGGAGCGCGCGGCCGUGGCGGCUUUGGUGGGCGCGGAGGCGGCGCUGCUGGCGGGCUGAAUCCCAAUGCUGGGGAAUUUAACCCUGGUGGUGGUGGUGGUGCUGCUGCUGCUGCUGCUGGGAAUAAGAGGCCAAGGGAUGGGCCGGACGGGCAGGGUGAGGGCGGGAGAGGAGGGAAGAGAGCGAGAGGUGGUGGUGGGGUUGGGGUUGGUGCGCAAUGAGCUGUGUGCGCGUGUUGACAUGUUGAGGUUGAUGGGUCGUGAGGGUUUAGGUGUUUUGAAGGGAGAUCCUUCUGAGGGGCCAUACUCAUUCGGGAGUGACGUGGGAUGAUAUCCUUGCCUGAUGAGAGAGUGAAGGGUUUUCCGGCAGGAGGGGCCCCUGUUUGUUUCUUGGCUUGGACAGGGGAGCUACCAAGGGGGUUGACUGUACCAUGGCAUGCGAAUCUGGGAAAUUGGGAGGUGGUUGACCGGGGAACA